UAUAACCAUGGCUUUGUCCAGGGUUUGUUUUAAAAAGAAGUAACACAAAAUUCCCUUUUGUUUAUGUUAUUGGGAAUAUUGCUUAUUAUAUCACUCUGUAUCCCAUAUAAAAAGCCUAACAUGAGAAAUUUCCUUCCGAGUUUAGGGGCAUGAAAAAGCUUUUCUUUGAUGAAGAGUACUUUUCCAUCUUUUAAAUAAUAAAACAUGUAUAAUUUCUAUUAUUUAUAUAUUUGCCUGUGCUUGGACUUGUGGGGACAAAUUUAAAUGUCAGUUGUAGCAAUUUUUAUCAACAGACUUUAUAAAUUAAAGAAAUAGUUACUAUAUAAACCAGGAGUCAUGAAACUAUAGCUCACCUGCCUCUUGUUUUUGUAAAUAAAGUUUUAUUGGAGCAUAGCCCUGCUCAUUUGUUUAUGUAGCUUUCCUGCUACAGCAGCAAACUUGAGUAGUUGCUAUCCGACCCUUUACAAGAAAAUACUAAUAAUCGUAAUGUAAGUAGUCACAUGAGAGUAUGGGUCAGACCAAAUGUAAUAAGCACUGAAGAACUACAAAGCAACGUGAGUACUAUAAGAUGUGGCUACUUGGGAAAGGCUUAUGUAGAGAAGACUAUGUGCUAUGAAGUAAUUUCAUCUUUGAAUAGUAGGAACAUAUAGUGGAGGACAUUUUAUUUGGGAGAGAACAGCAUAAAUAAAAUCCUUUAGGAGUGAGCAGAUUUUUGAGCACAGGGAACCAUUUUGAAAAUGAAUUUAGCCAGAUUGGAAUUAGACAACAGUGAAAAUGAAGCUGAGUGUGUGAGAUUGCUGUUGGAGGACUUAAAAGUUGAGAAUCAGAAUUUGCAUUUACUCUGACAGGCUAUUGAGAAUCCAUUAUGAAUUCUUUACGUGGAAAUGUUACUCUGGAAAUAGCAUUCUAGGACAGUUAAUCUGACAGGAGUGUAUGGGAUGAAUUCAAGCAUGGAGAACCACAAGCCUAUGCAGUUACUGAAUGGAGCCUGGCACGAGGAGCUAAGAUGAUGAGUAGAGAAAUGGAGAGGAAAGGUAGAUUCUGAGCUGCUGGAAGGAGGAAAGCUGACUUUGUGACUGACUGGAUUGGUGAAGAAUAUUGAGAGAGGUGAACUGGGAAAAGAUGCACUGAAAUGGGAACACUUUUUAUGAGAGAAAAUACACAUUUUGUUUUUAACAUCUCCAUUUUCUGGUGUUUUAGAGCCUUAUGAGAGAGAGUAGGGAAGUGUUUGGAGAAGGGACUAGAUGAAGGCUCCAGGAGAGUUUCAACAAAAGAAGCACAAGUCAAGAGGCUUGGGAGCACGUUUAGGAAGGAAGAUGGCACACAAGAAGUAAAGUGGACAGAGGAAUAGCAGGAAUCAGUAGAGCAGUGUUUGUCUGUGUGUAUCCCAGGGAAGGCUGGUUGUGUAGACUGUUAACAGGAAUUUUUAGAAAAAACGGUGCCGUGACCAGAUAAUUUGGUAAAUUCUUGGUUAAGCAAAGUUAAUCAGACUUCUUGUUUUAGAACCUCUCAGAUUCUUCAGUAAUACACACUGUUAUUUGUUAUCACCGACUAAAAUCAGUCUCUUCAAUUGUAGAUUUACGUAUCCAACUUUCUACCUGUAAUCUCCUCUUAGAUAUCUACUAGGCAUCUAAAACUUAACUGUCCAAAGUGGAAUUCCUGGUCUUCCCUCACAAAACUUGUUUCCCUAUCUCAAUUGAUGACAACUCUGUCUUUUUGUUUUAGUAAAAAAUGCCAUGGUAAGUAGUAUGUAAAUUGUUUUGUUUAAUGUGUAAAAUGCCCAAAGGAAUUGCGAUUAAGAAUAAAGUUGCUCUGGGAGAGAGUGUAGCUCAGUGCUAGAGUGCCUGCCUAGCAUGCAUGAGGUCCUGGGUUCAAUCCCCAGUACUUCCAUUAAAAAAUAAAUAAACCCAAUUACUUGCCUCCCAGUAAAAUAAAAAAUAAAAAUAAAUUAAAAAAAAGAAUAAAGUUGCUCAGAUAAAAACCUUGGAGUUAUCCUUGACCCUUUCUUCUAUACUCUCAUCCAAUCCUUUAGCAACCACACUGGCUCUACCUUUGAAGAUACCUAGAAUCUGACCACUUCUCACCUCAGGAUUUGCUCUAAUGGGAAAAACUAAGACCUGCUGGACAUUUUUAAUUUAUUUAUCAGUCAUGGAAGUUGAGAGCUGAAGUGGUUAACAGUGAAGGAAUCUGCAUACAUACACGUAAGAGAAACAAAAAUGUCAGAUGAUAUCAGGAAAAGGUUUGAAUUUCCAAAUUCUCUUAUCCAAUCACAGGCCGUGGGUCAUCUUAUUGCUGCAGUUCUAAAGGAAAAUGUUUUUUCAGAAAAGAUCCACCAGUCCACAAACCAGACUCCUGCUCUGAACUUGCUGUGGGAGAAGUGUUGCAGCGAUGACGUCGUGGUUCGAACAGCCUGCUGUGAGGGUCUGGUGGCCCUCGUCACUCAGGAGCAUGCGGAGUUCAGCUAUGUUCUCAAUGGGAUACUCAACCUGAUUCCGUCUACCCGGAAUACACAUGGCUUGAUAAAAGCCAUUAUGAAGUUAUUACAAAUGCAAGCUGUUAAGGAAGGACACGGUGGGGAGAAGAAUAUUCAGGACAUAUAUAACAUUAGAAACCAUCCUCAGCCUUUGAUCACUGUGCUUGAACACAGACCUGAUUGCUGGCCAGUACUUUUGCAGCAGCUGACAGCUUUUUUCCAGCAAUGCCCUGAAAGGUCAGAAGUUUCAUGUAUCCAAAUAAUGGCACCGUUUCUGUGGUAUCUGUAUUGUGAACCAUCCCAGUUACAAGAAUAUUCUAAACUCCGACUAGCUCUGCUCAAAGUCUUACUUCAACCCCGGGCUCUUUGUGACAAAGAACAGCCAUCAGUAUUGGAACAACAGAUACUUCAACUGUGUUGCGACAUGGUUCCAUGUUUGCAGAUAAAAGAUUUGAUACAGACAACAGAAGUGAUGCUGUUUAUCGAAGAAGUAUAUUUAAGUCUUUUGCGUCAUCCCAUUUUCUGGAAAAUUCAGCUUACCCAGCUGACCCUUCAGCUGCUGUGUGUCUGUGAAGUCAGCUUAAACAUAACUGGGGAAUGCUCAUCUUUAAUUCACCUUUUAGAGCACAGUGUUGAACUUCUGAAGGAGGAUUUUCCUGUUGUCCCGGUCAUAAUUGGAAUAGCUUUACUACUUCUCCAGACUCCAGCAAGUCAGCAGAAGCCAAUCUUAAGUCUAGCUUUGAAGCUCCUCUCAUUUGCUGAGGGUCAGAAAAUCCCAAAGUCAUCCUUGCUGCUAGUGAUGCCCGUUCUGCAGAUAUUAUCUUCUACUGCCUUGGAAGACUGUAUAUCCACGGAUGCAGAGGGACCCUCCAGGCAGGAGUUGGCUCUAAACCUUUUAGAAAGGGUACAGCAGGAGUGCUACAGAGAUGACCACCUGAAGCUCUCCUACAAGCUUGUGUUCCCCGUAACCAGCAUGUAUGGUUCAAUAUUUACAGCCUGGAGGAUCCUUGAAGUAAUGAGAGAAGAGUCUGCGGCAAGUAACUGGUUGGCUUCCGUCGAGUCAUUGCUCCCUAUUACCACAGUGAUCCCUGUGCACGUCUUUCUCCUGCUGGCUUACCUCCUUGUUGAAGACAAAGGACGAAAUCUUCACCAAAUCCUGAAGGUCAUUACAGAAUUAGCCCAAGCUGACUCUUCUCAGGUACCAAGUCUGAUUCCAGUUUUGAUGUUCAAACUGGGAAGACCACUGGAACCUGCGUUAUACAAUGAUAUCUUAUAUACUUUACCUACACUUGGUGUUCACAAGGUGUGCAUAGGACAAAUUCUACGAGUAAUCCAACUUCUUGGAACCACCCCACAACUGAAAGCUGUCACUUUGCGCUUGUUGACAUCUUUGUGGGAAAAGCAGGAUCGUGUCUAUCCUGAACUGCAGCGUUUCAUGGCCGUGUCCGAUAUGCCCGCUCUGUCUGUGGGCAAGGAGGUCCAGUGGGAGAAACUGAUUGCCAAAGCAGCAUCGAUCAGAGAUAUAUGUAAGCAAAGGCCCUAUCAGCAUGGUGCAGAUAUGUUGGCAGCUAUUUCCCAGGUGCUAAAUGAAUGCACCAAGCCUGAUCAAGCUACUCCAGCUGCCUUGGUGUUACAAGGUCUUCAUGCCCUCUGCCAAGCUGAGGUGGUUUGUAUUCGCUCCACUUGGAAUGCUCUCUCCCCAAAGCUGAGUUGUGACACGAGACCCCUCAUUUUGAAGACCCUCAGUGAACUGUUUUCUCUGGUUCCUUCCUUAACAGUCAAUACAGUUGAAUAUGAGAAUUUUAAAGUUCAAGUCCUCAGCUUCCUCUGGAACCACACUCAAAACAAGGACCCAGUUGUAGCAAAUGCUGCUUAUAAAUCUCUGUCACACUUUAGUGCCGGAGAGCACACCAUCCUUCAUCUGCCUGAACAGGUAAGACCAGAAAUCCAGGUUCCUGAUGAGCUAGAUGAAGAUGAAGAUGAGGAGGGGGAUGAAAAGGAUGUGGAUCUUUCAGUGCCUGGCUCGUGCUAUCUCAACCUGUUGUCACUCACUGCUCCUCUGGUUUUACCAGCUUUGGAAGAAUUUUUUACGUCUCUCGUGAAGCAGGAAAUGGUGAAUAUGCCCCGUGGCGUGUAUCACUCUGCAUUAAAAGGAGGUGCCCGCUUAGACCAAGGAAAGACUGUAGCAGGAAUCCCCAAUUUUAUGUUAAAAAUGUAUGAAACAAACAAGCAACCAGGUUUGAAACCUGGCCUUGCAGGUGGUAUGUUAUUUUGCUAUGAUAUUUCAACAUAUCAGAGUAAAGAUGGCAAACCAUUGAAUCGACUGAUGGCCAGUAGAGGGCGAAGUUUCAAGCAGACCUCGCUGGCUCUAGUGCAUGAGGUUCACAUCCAGCUUUCCGAGUGGCACCGUGCAAUUUUUCUCCCACAGGCCUGGCUUGCCUAUAUGAACCGUGCCUAUCACGCCGUUUUACAGGGACGAAUAGCAGAGCUGGAGCUGCAAUUAAAACACGGAAAAGAAGGACCUGAGGAGGUGCAGUACAAAAAAAGCACAGCCUGGCUCUGGGUUCGAGACAUGUUGACUGAUGAGGUCACCAAAGCAGCUGCAAAAGACAGCCCAGUGGUCAAAGGCAAUGCGCUGUUAGCCUUAAGCGGCCUUGCUGUUGUUGUAUCCAAACAUGAAGCCAGCCUCUCCUCGGACUCUGAGGGGGUCCUGGAGGUUCAACCUAAUUUCCUUUCAAUGGAAGAGUGGAUUUCCAUGGUGUUUGAUACUCUUCUGGUCAUUGUAGAUAGCCAUUACCAACCCAGAGGACGACUUUUCUCCUGGUUCUAUUAUAAAUCCUAUUCCGGUGAAAGCACAGCUAGUGCCAUUGCCCGUUCCACAGCCGCCACGGCUUUGUCUCUCCUUGUGCCAGUUUUCAUUAUCUCUUGCAAAGAGAAGGUUGAGGAAAUCCUGAACAUGCUGACUGCCAGGUUACCUGGGAAACCAAGUGCUGAUGAGUCUCAAGCCGUGCAGAUCCACAUGGGCCUUGCUUUGGGGAUGUUUCUCUCUCGCUUGUGUGAGGAGAAACUCAGUGAUGUAUCUGGUCAACAGAUGAACCUUCUGGUGAUGAAGUCUUUGGAUGCCCUAGAAAAUUGCUGCUUUGACACUAGUCUUGAAUACAACACGGGCUGUAUAUUGGGAGUUGGACUUGUCCUGUCCCUUAUGAGCCACAGCAGCCAAAUGGAGUCGCGGGUUCACGUCGCAGCCUCACUUCGGAAGCUCUCUGCGUACCUAGAUGACAGUGGGAGCCAAAGCAGGACGUUUCAGGAGGUUCUUGCCUAUACCCUGAGCUGUGUGUGUACAUCAGCAUUCAGUGCCGGGAUCAUCGAGGCUGCGGAGGCUGAAGAUAUUAUGAACAAGCUUCGACUAUUAGUGGAGAACAACCAGCAGACUUCAGGUUUUGCCCUGGCGUUAGGAAACAUCGUUCAUGGUUUGUCUGUGUGUGGACAUGGAAAAGCUGAAGACUUGGGCAACAGACUGCUCCCUGCUUGGAUCAGAAUUGUCCUAGCCCAGGGCUCUCCCACAAUGCUUUGUUUGGCAGCUCUUCAUGGCAUGGUGGCAUUGGUAGGCUCUGAAGGGGAGAUAAUGCAGCUGAAAUCAGAAGCCAUCCAGUCCUCUCAUUUUCAAGGCAGACUUAACGAAGUCAUCCGAACUUUAACUCAGGUCAUCAGUGUGUCUGGGGUGAUUGGUCUUCAGUCAAAUGCAGUCUGGCUUCUAGGACAUCUUCACCUGUCUACACUGUCCUCAAAUCAAAGUAGAACCUCGGUUCCGACUGACUACAGCUAUUUGCCUGAAAGCAGCUUUAUUAGAGCAGCCAUUGGCUUCUUCAUUACAGGAGGGAAAAAAGGUCCUGAAUCUCUGCCUCCUUCCCUUCUCAAAGUCGUGAUGAAACCCAUAGCAACUGUUGGAGAAAGCUACCAGUAUCCUCCUGUGAACUGGGCCUCACUCCUCUCUCCACUUAUGAGGCUAAACUUUGGUGAGGAGAUACAGCAGCUGUGUCUUGAAAUUAUGGUGACCCAGGCACAGUCAUCCCAGAACGCAGCUGCACUGUUGGGAAUGUGGGUGAUACCACCGCUGAUGGACGGUCUGAGUCUGAAUAUCAAGAAAUAUCUCCUGGCAUCUGUGCCUCUGUGGAUAAAACAUGUCUCUGAUGAACAAAUCAUGGGUUUUGUUGAAAGCUUAAUGGUGGCAGUUUUUAAAGCAGCCUCCCCACUUUCCAGUCCUGAGUUACGCCCCAGUACCUUACAGGGUCUGAGCCAGGCCAUGAAACUGCCCAGCCCUACCCACCACCUCUGGAGUCUACUCAGCGAAGCUACUGGGAAAAUUUUUGACCUUCUGCCAAAUAAGAUUCGGAGAAACGAUCUAGAGCUGUAUAUCACUGUAGCAAAGUGCCUCUCGGAAAUGACGGACGAUGAAGCCAGUCGGGUUGCCCAGAUUACGAAGAGUAGCGUAGAAAAGGGUGCCUUUGUCAGACUGUACUUGGUCUCUCAAGGACGAUUCCCCUUGACGGGCUUGACCGAUGUGCUCAGCGUUGCUGUUCAGCACCGUGAAAAAGACACACUGGCCUGGAUGAUGCUGCACUGUUUAUACCAGGCACGGAUUGUGAGCCACACCAACACAGGUGUGUUGAAGAGAAUGGAGUGGCUCUUGGAGCUGAUGGGUUAUAUCAGGAGUGUUGCUUACCGAUCAGCAUCUGUUCAGAACGUGGCUCUUGAUGAGGCUUUGGAUUUCUUGUUGCUGGUAUUCACAACUGCAGUGGUUGCCUGGGCAGACCACGCUGCCCCUCUCCUUCUUGGCCUCAGUGCCAGCUGGUUGCCAUGGCAUGGAGCACAUGGCCCGGCAGGGCCAGCAUCAGGCUUCCUUGGCAGGAGCCCACUGCACAAGGUCACUCUGCAGGAGGCUCUCACUCUCCUUCCCAGUAGCAUGCUGCUUCUUCUGCAGAAAGAGCCGUGGAAGGAACAGACCCAGAAGUUCAUUGACUGGCUAUUCAGUAUCAUGGAAAGCCCUAAAGAAGGCCUCUCAACAAAAUCCAGGGAUCUUUUAAAAGCCACCCUGCUGUCGCUGAGAAUUCUCCCAGAGUUUAAGAAGAAAGCCAUAUGGACCAGAGCGUAUGGUUGGUGAACAGUUUGGCGGUAGCUGGCAGCAUUCUCAGCUGGAUGAGGAAAACCAUACAGACAGAAGGAAUAUUUCAGAAUUCAUGUCUGGGAUUACUGAGACAUGAUGCAGACAGCUGACGGUACUAAAAGGGUGGCCACAUAACAGACACCUUGAACCAGGCAUGCCAGGAGUGGGGCUGUUGCUUUGGUACCCAGGCCAGUUGGAGAUUGAGAUAAGAACUUGAAUUUUCUUUUAUUUGGCUAGAGUUCAAUCUGAAGAUUUUCUUUGUGAAAAUUUGACUAUAUCAUCUCCUCCCCUCUAAAUUCUAGUAAAAUAAUCUUGUGCAUUU